CGGAAGAGCUGUCUACAGUACCCUGACGCAGCAUGAGCUGAUGGUAAAUUGAUACACAGCGAGAGGCUCAGAAGCUGAGAGGACCGUGGGAACUUGUGCAGCUAUGGACAGAUCUACUGUUGCAAAGAUGGGAGCUGUGGCUAGUGCCAGUAUGUGCGCUCUGGUUGGAGGAGUGGUGCUGGCUCAGUACAUUUUUACUGCCAAAAAGAAGACGGGCAGGAAAACCAAGAUCAUUGAGAUGAUGCCUGAAUUUCUGAAAAAAACGGUCCAUAUAAAGAAUCCUACAAAAGUAGAAGAGAUAAUAUGUGGUCUAAUAAAGGGGGGAGCCUCCAAACUACAGGUAAUCACAGAUUUUGAUAUGACAUUAAGCAGAUUUUCCUACAAUGGGAAGAGAUGUCCUACUUGCCAUAACAUAAUCGACAACUGCAAAUAUGUUACAGAUGAAUGCAGAGCAAAGCUGCCCGAUAUCCUUCAGCCUGAGAUUAUUACUGACUCAGCAUUGCUUAUCUCUCAGGCCAAUGUGAGGGAGAGGACCUCUCAAGCUUCGGAGCUGCCCUACUGCCAGGCAGUGUUUGAGUUGCUUCAGCUGAAGGAAAAAUACUAUGCAAUUGAAAUAGAUCCACACCUUACAAUAAAAGAGAAAUAUCCAUUUAUGAUUGAAUGGUAUGCAAAGUCGCACGCGUUAUUAAUUGAACAACGUUUACAGAAAGCCAAACUGGCAGAAGUUAUAAGGGAAUCUGAUGUCAUGCUCAAAGAAGGUUUUGAAACCUUUUUUGAUAAGCUAAAUGAACACAGUAUCCCAGUAUUUAUUUUUUCUGCGGGACUUGGGGAUGUUUUAGAGGAAGUCAUCCAACAGUCUGGAGUUUACUUACCUAAUAUUAAAGUCAUCUCCAACUUUAUGGACUUUGAUGAAAAUGGUGUCUUACAAGGAUUCAAAGGAGAACUAAUACAUGUGUACAAUAAACAUGAUGGUGCCUUGAGAAAUACAGAAUAUUUCAAUCAUUUAAAGGAUAAUAGUAAUAUUAUUCUGCUUGGAGAUUCAUUAGGUGACCUAACCAUGGCAGAUGGAGUUCCUAAUGUGGAACAUAUCCUCAAGAUAGGAUAUCUGAACGAUAAGGUAGAUGCUUUAUUAGAACAAUACAUGGACUCUUACGAUAUCGUUUUGGUCAAGGAUGAAACAUUGGAUGUAGCCAAUUCUAUAAUACAGAAGAUUCUGUAAUCAAACUGGUCUUCAGGACGACUAAGAUGUGCACAGUUAUUUUGGAGCAAAAUAUUUUUAUUCAUCUUGUUUUUCUAAAUUAAUUUUAUUAUUGUUUUAUUUAAAUAUAUUUAAUUUAUCUGAACUUGAAAGCACCUUACUUUUCAGCAAUGUGUUGCUUCGGUAUAUAGCUUUUCUCAGCCUUUAUUGUCUAAUGGUUUCCUGUCCAUAGUCUCACAAGAAAUCCUUGUGAAAGGAAGAUUUGUAUAUGAAUAUAGAGUGAACGUCAUUCUACCUCUGAACAUUUGGGGGGGGAAAUUAGAGUAUAUCUUUAUUUUCAUAUGCACUUUUUUGGUGAUGUAUUUUUUAAAAAUCAUAUAUGUUUUUUCAAAGGCCAAAUUGUGUGCAUGUUUUAAAGUGCUAUGUUUGUACAGUCUGUUUUAUCUAUUAAACUCCACCAAAAAUCUGCAAAA